AUGCGACUCAUCAAUGUGUCUAGCCUUCAGAUUGAGGAAUUUUACGGAACCGAUAUACCCCCGUACGCCAUUCUCUCUCAUACCUGGGAAGCAACAGAAGCCAGCUUCCAACAGUGGACCAAACGUGUAACAAGAAUACGAAAGUUCAAGCAUCUAGGCUUCGAAAAGAUCUACGCAGCGUGUAAACGCGCACGGGGGAACGGGCUCGGCUACGUAUGGGCAGAUACUGUCUGCAUUGACAGAACGAGCUCGGCCGAGCUGUCUGAGGCCAUCAAUUCGAUGUAUGCGUGGUACGAAAACGCCCAAGUCUGCUAUGUCUACCUGUCAGACGUUAGGAUACCGUCAAGGGAAAGUAACCUGGAUGUAUUGACCCUGUUUCGUCGGUCUCGAUGGUUUACACGCGGAUGGACCCUACAAGAGCUUCUAGCGCCGUCUAAUAUCGUAUUCUACACAAGAGAAUGGGUGCAGAUGGGAACCAAGCAGGCGUUGGCAGUUCUUAUUCGCGAAAUCACAGGGAUUGACGAAGGCUGUUUGAGAGGUACCAGGCGGGUCACUGUCUGCAGCGUCGCACAACGGAUGAGUUGGGCUUCUCGAAGAGUGACAACGCGGGAGGAGGACAUCACAUAUUCAUUGCUCGGCAUUUUCGGAAUCAGCAUGCCAUUACUCUACGGGGAAGGAAGUCAAAACGCGUUUAGAAGGCUUCAGGAGGAAAUUAUCAAGGUGUCUGACGACCAAAGCAUCCUUGCCUUCAACACCGAUUCAUCCGACAAUACGCUACUCGCCCACCACCCGAGUGACUUUGCCUCCCAAGGAGGAGUGCGACCCAGCUUUGCGCCCAAGCUGACGCCACCUUUCACUAUGUCCAAUGCUGGGUUAUCACUGACUACGCCUUUGAUUUACACCAUGUCCCCCUACUGGGUGUUGGCUGUGUUGAACUGUGUGGAGCUACACUGGGCCCAGGAAGAUGUCAGGGCACGGUCAAUCACUUGCCUCCCGCUUCUCGGUAGGGACAAGAAGUUCAUGCGGGCUCGCGCGCCGGUUACACUCAUUAGCUUGGGAGUAGACUUGGUAGGCAAUCAGGGGACAUUGCGGUCAAAACACAUCGACUCUACGCCUGAAGUCGGGGGUAGUGACAGUGAUAGCAACACAGCAUUGGCAGAGAGCACCUCUACUAUUGCGAAAACCACGCCCCUUGAGAUACAAGAUUUGACAACUCGGAAAGACACGGAUAUCCUCGUCACCUACUUCUCUCGAAUCUACCCUUUAUAUGGUACUGAGAUGGACGAGGCGAUGAAGGGUUUUGAGGUUAUCGACGUGGGGCCAUCCAUGAAGAUACCUGAUCGUGGGUUCAUGAUCGCAUUUCCACGGGGAAUGGGAUCCUACCGGUACUUGGACUCGUUCCCUAAGGGAGACCUCUAUCCGAACAUCAGCUUCUUCAUGCCUUCCGCAACCCCUCCGACGAGUACAAGAGAGAAGAUGGAGGAGAACCGCGGAAACGUCACCAGAGGCCUGCUUGUUUACUCACACGAAAUGGCGGGGAGAUUCAAGCCUGGCUUCUUGGAGGAAAUCGAAAUCGUAGGUAUCUAUCUCGCACUGGACUCUUCAACUGGUAAUUGGACAUGUCGGAUUUUGGACCUGGAAAGGCGAAUUUCUGGGCCCGACUUGGAACACAAGUGGAUUGUAAAGGGGGAUGAAAUGGUGCUUGACAAACCUGAGGAAUGGCCCCAUUACGACCAGCAGCGAAAUAUGGUCGUCGCAGCUCGCACAAGAUUUGAGACCACCAAGGGGCAUCCCUGUAAAGAGGCGAUCAUGGUGGAAAUCGUCUUUGACCUGAAAGAACUGCUGAAGGAAAGAGAUCUGGAAGGGUGA